AUGGCAAUUCGUCUUCCUUUGAUAUGUCUUCUUGUUUCAGUCACGGCCAUUGCGGCUGAUUUAACACCGGAACGUUAUUGGAACUCUGCCUUACCAAACACUCCCAUGCCAAACUCUCUCCGUCAUCUUUUUACGUCAGAUUUCACUGACGAGAAAAGUACCAACGUCCAAGUAGGAAAAGGAGGCGUGAACGUUAACGCCGGAAAAGGUAAGCCUGGCGGAGGAACCGCCGUGAACGUUGGAAAAGGAGGUGUACAUGUGGACACCGGGAAGGGCAAAGGAACACACGUGAGCGUUAGCGGCGGAAAAGGUCACGGCGGAGGCGUAGGCGUCCACACGGGGAAGCCAGGAAAGAGAACCGACGUAGGAGUUGGCAAAGGCGGCGUUAUAGUGCACACGCGCCACAAGGGCAAGCCGGUAUACGUCGGGGUGAAGCCAGGACCAAACCCUUUUGCGUAUAACUACGCAGCGAGCGAGACUCAGCUCCACGACGAUCCCAAAGCGGCUCUCUUCUUCUUGGAGAAAGAUAUGGUUCCCGGGAAAGCUAUGAACCUCAGGUUUAAUGCGGAAGAUGGUUACAACGGUAAAACUGCUUUCUUGCCACGUGGAGAGGCGGAAACGGUGCCGUUUGGGUCGGAGAAGUUCUCGGAGAUCUUGAACACGUUCUCGGUGAGACCUGGUUCGGGAGAAGCUGAGAUGAUGAAGAAAACGAUUGAGGAGUGUGAAGCGAAAAGAGUCGGUGGUGAGGAGAAGUAUUGUGCUACGUCUUUGGAGUCGAUGGUCGACUUUAGUGUUUCUAAACUUGGCAAGGAUCAUGUCCGUGCUGUCUCCACAGAGGUACAAGAAAAAGAACCAUAA